AUAUAUAAUAUUUUUCCGAAUAUCACUAAUGCGUCAUUUAUCAUUCACAGUCUGAUUUUGGAUCAGUGAGUCUUGACUACUUACUGUCGCACUGUCGGACCAGCAGCAAGUGUUUGGAUAUUGGACCAUUCAAGUCAUAGAGCGCAAGGACAGAUUGAGGAGCAAAAAUGUUCCUUCUAGAAGAAUACUACCGAACUGGAUUCAAGAACUGGACACUCCGUCUGGGACAUCCAUUCAAUGGAAAAUGACCUUUCCUAUUCACCUGUUGAUGAAAAAAUUAAUACAGGACCUGCUUUGAAGCACACAACUAGUCACUUGCAGCAUCUUCAAUCCCAAUUGGGGUAUUCUCAACAGACCUUCUUUUUCUUAAACAAGGAAGUCACCAUGCCUAAAGGAAGGAAACCGAGUGAUGACCCAGAAAAGGUUGUAAACAUUCUUCUAGAUAACAGAGACAGACUUUUCAAUGCAGGUACACUACGAAGCCCAAAAGACAGUGUUUGGGAGGAAAUAAAACGGGAAGGAAAUAUUAUACUAUCGGCUAAAGGACUAUACACGUUUGUUCUAGCAAACAGACAUAAUAUUCUCCAACUUUUGUUGUCUUGUGAGAGCAAUAAUGAUGGAAAUUCGAUACCAUCUGUACAUGUCACAGGCGAAAAUACAAUGUCACCUAAAAAUAAGAAUGACCAGGAGUCAGAAAGGUGGAAACACGUAGAAGAAAAAGAAGUAGGAGAAGGAGAGGGAGAAAAAGAAGAAGAAGAAGAAGAAGAAGGAGGAGGAGAAGAAGAAGAAGAAGAAGAAGAAGAAGAAGAAGAGAAGGAGGAGAAGAAUAUGAAGAGUACAAAGACGAAGAAGACUUCAACGAUCAUUCAAAUAAUCAACCAACAAGUGAAUUCAACCUUUUCAUACCAAAUGACAAAUGGGAAGCAAUGAAGCCUGAAGAGAGAGAAUACUAUCGAAGUGAUCACAGUUUCAGGAGAAUAAAUAAAAGAAAAUAUAAGGUUUUAAAGCCAGGAAUCUGGACGGAUGUUCUCACAUCAUUGAUUUGGGACUCCAUAAAAUACCCUUGUAUGUGGUCAUUCAAGGGGCACCACAUAAGCAAAAGUGAAGCAGGGAAAUUGUGGCUCAUAAUUCGUUCCAAGUGUGCAUGUGGCAACAGAAUGAUAAUUUCUCGAAAAAGCCCACCUCAUGACCCUGUACUGCUUGGGGUAAAUUUGAAUGUGAAAGUUUGGGGAAAAAAAGAAGAGCACUUUUCUCUUUCUGUUAGAAAAAGACCUUUUUCUGGCAACAAAAGGCGAGCACUGGGAGAGUUAAUGAU